UUUCUAGAUACAUUUUUUAUAAUUAUUCAGAAAGAUGAAAGACAAAGAUAUCAGUUUGUUGAAGAAAAAGAAACGCAAAAAUCCUGUUGAACCUGGUGACAAAGAUAGAAGAAACAAUGAUAAUACUGAGCACUUGAAAACUGCUUCCGAAAAAUCUAAAAAGCACAAGAAAAAAGGGAAAUUGCCAUCAGAAAAUGAGCAAUUAAGCGAAGUACCAAAUAAAAAUUCUAUGGAGACUGUUAAAGAAAGUAAUAUUAAUCUUGAUUCGAAAGUAGAUGUCAAAAAUGCUGCUUCAACUAAUAAAAAAUCUGGUAAAAAAAGAAAGGCAAACAAGAAAAAUGAUGAUGAUAAAACAAAGAAAAAUGGUAAAAGAAUGAAAUUCAGUGACAAAAAAGAAAUCUGGGCUGACAAAAAAGCUAAGAAGGCUCUCGAAUCAUUGCUAACAGAAGAUUUGGAUCGACCUGGAGAUGUGGAAACAAUUGACAAAGCAGAUGAACAAGAAGAGACCACAUUACCUAAGAAAGCCACAUUACCUAAGAAAGCGAAGAAGCGUGGAAAAAUUAAUAAAGAGAACAGUGAAGAAAAAGAAGUCGAUCCAGUUGAUACUCUAAAAUCUCAAAAGAAGGAAGAAGCUCUGUCCAAUCUAUUGGAAUGGAAAAAUGACAGGGAGAACUGGAAAUUCCGAAAAGUCAGACAAAUUUGGCUGGUAAAACACAUGUAUGAUCAAGAUGCGAUAAAUGAUACAAACUUUAAUUAUCUUGUGGAAUAUUUGGAAGGAUCAAAAGGUGGUGCCAGAUCCAGACUUAUAACAGAUGCCCAAUCUAUUUAUGACUCAUUAACAGAAGAUGAUGAUAAUAAUUCAACUGUUAAGCUAAAACGGGCUCGUCAUAUUUUACAAGCAAUUGCAGAAUAAAAUGUUUGAAUAACC